GCUUCAAGGCAGUUAAAUUGUGGAUAGAGACGCAGUCUUACUUCACGCAUGAACCAUAUAGCACGUUCAUGCGUCGCCAUCUCCAGGAUCGGGAGAAAUCGAUUACAAAUUAACAAACUAUAUUUUAUAGUAAAUUGUAAAGGAUCAAUCUGGGGACGUAGCAUUUGUCAGUGUUUAUAAUAAAUCAUGACAGUGACAAAUCGAUAUUUUAUUAUCUUCGUAAUUUCGUUGUCACUCUUUAUUGGAAACAGCGAAGCGGGAUGGAAGUUUUGGAAAAAGGAGACUACUACGACUACUACCACGACACCGACUCCCGUAAACGUUCAACCCACUGUAAGUCCGAUACCAGAUUCAGCCACGACAGCCAAAGGAUCGACAGUACCGGCUGCAAACACAGGAGCCGCUGUAAUAGGUGCUACUAACCCGGGACUAGCCAUUGGCGCAGGAACCACUGGACUUGUACGAAACAAUGCACGACCUAGUCGACCUAAUCCGGGAACAGAAGUCGGCCAGGACAUGGCCGUUUCGAAGCCAAAUAGACCGGGAGUCGGUGGUAAUGAUCAGAAUUAUCGAGAUUGGGUUGUAGAUCUUACUGGAGCUGGAGAACUAUCUCGAAAUCAACCAUCGAGAAUACCUCAAGGACCUCAAGGAAUUCAAGGACCUCAAGGACCUCAAGGAUCUCAAGUACCUCAAAGACCUCAAGGACCGACAAGUGGUGGUCAAACACAGCCCAAUAUACCUGCAGGUUCGAGGCCACAUCCAGAAACAACGAAUCGACCCGCAGCUUCUCACGCACCAGGAAAUGCACCGAUUCAACCAACCCAACCAUCAAACACAGGUCCGAGACCAGGAAGCAUGCCUGGAAUUUCCAUGCAGCCUGCACAACCUCAUGUGACACCUGGUUCUAUCGCUGGGAUUUCCACUUCUGAUGAUCGAACCAGACAAGGUACACCUUCCUCUUCUAAUUCAGGAGUAUCGCAGGCCAACGUUGCUGGCGGUGGCAGUAGACCCGUUUCGCCUAUAGAAUCGCCAAGACAACCUGAGUAUUCUAGACAACCGAGUGUGGGAUCGCCGGGCCUGAACUCUGCAGGUGUGACUGGAGCAGAUCAAAACAUACCGGGUACGCCUUCUUCCCCGAGCUCAGGAAAAUCGUGGGCCGACGUUGCCGCUGGUGGUAGCAGACCUUCUUCGCCUAUAGGACUCCCUAGGCAACCCGUUCCAGGCGAGAAUGAACGCAGAACUACGGGAAGACCGGUACAACCUAGCAAUCCUUGGCCAGCAUCAUCAGGAAGUACUUCUCCCGCUGGCGCUUCUCCCGUCGCGGGUGUUACAAACCCAACUAACAAAGUAUACUCCAGUAAUCCAACGUAUAGUAAAGGAAAUACAGUUACCGAUGAGGACUUGGAGAAGCUUUCCGAGGCGCUUUAUAUUAAAGAAACGAACAAUGCGAAUCGAUAUAUAACACUUAAUCUGCAAAAGCAGACUACCAGCAGUAGCCCGAUAGACCAAGCUCCACAGUCACUGCUUACGGUGAGCGCCGAAGCUUUUCAGAUUCCUACGAUUCAGAGAGUCCUAUCUAUAUUUGACAAUUAUCAAUUGGACACUCAUACGAACGAAUACAUUAGUCCGGCACAAAGACAAGAGGAGAGUCUCCUCGUCGAUACUUUCUUAAGUACAAACGUAAUGGCCGCCGCGAUGCGUUUCCUCGCGGAUAAAGGAUUCGUGAGACAGGAUUAUUACGAGUACAAAGACACACUGAGGAGAAUCUGGUUCAAUCUAUUCUCACGCGGACAAGGUAAGAUCGGUAGCACCGGAUUCGAGCACGUUUUCAUGGCUGAAACGAGACAAACGGAUUCAAGUACAGAAGUGCUCGGACUACAUAAUUGGAUUUACUUCAACGCAGAAGAAACAAAAAGACGCGUCGACUAUUUGGGUUAUAUCAACAAAGUUGACUUAGGAGACAAAGGGUCCAUUGUUAAAAUACACGCGAAAUUCAAUGGUCACGACAAACCGGUUACGGCUAUGUUCAUCGGUACUUCACCUGAAUUAGAAAUGGCGCUCUACACCGUCUGUUUCUACGCGAGACCAGAUGGGAAAUGUCCUGUAUCUUUGGGAGGAACUAAAUUCAACGUAGUGACGCAUAAAUUUAGAUACAGAGGAAAGGACUUGGUCGGGACGGCGUAUCCAGAAAUUUAAAUCCCAUAUAAAAUACAUCGACCAAAUUGCAUAUAUAUAUAUAUCUUAUAGUAAAUAAAAUCUAUGAUUGCAUAAUUUGUAUUAAUUAUAGGAUGGCCGCGUGAUGAUUCCUGCGACUUCAACCGAUCAUUUGUUAUAAAAUUAUUGCUAUAAUUAUGUGACAUGUCAUGUAUGAUUUUAAAUUAAUAUUAGAACGAUUGAAUUUU